AUUAUAUUCAUAUACAACUACUUUGUACUUAUAAAUACACAGACUCUGCUACCAGAUCUUAUCUUUUACCGCAAAAAGACAAAAGCCUUUCAGCCCACCCAUGAUCUUAUCCGAAUGGCAUCUUCCGUCAACUGAUUCCUGAUCCUUCUUCUCCACUCGCCAUAACCCACUGCAACCAAUUACCAUUAAUUCCUUUCUUAGGGUUUUCACACACUGUUAAUGGAAUAUAGUCUCUCUCACACUCACCCCAACACCCUCUCCUUUUUACCACGCACCCUUAUCGCCAAGCGGCCCCACACUUUCCGCUCCAUCGCGCCCCAUAACUCACCCAACUUCGCUCACCGGACCACCAUCCCCUCUUCUCCUCCUCCUCCUACUAAUAAUACUACCUUAAGAUUGCGGAGAUCAAAUCACGUCGUAGCAGCCGCUGGAGCCAGCCACUGCGAGUCCGGUAGUAGUCUUAACGCGCCGCUCGAACCGCGCUCGGAGGCGGGUCGUUUCCUCAUCAGUGUCCUGUUGAACCAGCGUCAGUUCUUUCGUUUUGCCGCUGGGGACGAGCUCAAACACCUGGCCGAUGAUCGCGACGCCGCGCUUAAUCGUAUGCUCCUCAGCACUGGCUCCGAUGAAGAGUGCCUCCAUAGAAGGAUUGCCCAACUGAAAGAGAGUGACUGCCAAGCUGCUGUUGAAGAUGUCAUAUAUAUGUUGAUAUUUUACAAAUUUUCUGAGAUCAGAGUCCCAUUGGUUCCUAGGCUCUCAAGGUGCGUUUAUAACGGGAGACUAGAGAUAUGGCCUUCCAAGGACUUUGAGCUCGAGUCCAUUCACAGCAUUGAGAUUUUAGAAAUGGUAAGAGAGCAUGUAAGUACUGUUAUUGGUUUGAGAGCAAAUUCUAGUGUUGCAGAUUAUUGGGCAAGAACUCAGAUCCACCAAUUCCAGCUUGGUCAAGUUUACGUGGCCUCCAUUUUAUAUGGUUACUUCCUGAAAUCUGCAUCACUGAGGCACAAUCUUGAGCAAUGUCUAACUUUGGCUCAUCAAGACUUCCAUCUCACUCAUAGGACCUCCAUUCAACUUCCAGACUUAUGGACUCCUCGACCGAACACUCUGGCCUUUGGUUGCGUCAGAAAUGUGCAGUCUCUUCCAUUGGUUCAGGGUUCAAGUAAACAGGAACCGAGUGAAAGCUUGAGGAGUUACAUUAUGGGAUUUGACUCAGAGGCAUUGCAGAUAUGUGCAAAACCUAAAAGUAAGGAAGUUCUGAAUUUGAUUGAGAAGCAUAGCUGUGCCCUCUUUGGAGAUCAAAACGUGGGUAUGCUGGAUGCCAAUGAGGUAAUAUCCACAUCAUUUUUGAGCAUGAAGAGAUUAGUCUUGGAGGCUGUUGCUUUUGGUUCUUUCCUCUGGGACGUAGAAGAAUAUGUUGAUACUGUGUAUAAGCUCAAGGACAACUCUGAGGCAGUUAGCAAGUAAGCUGUGGCAAAAUUAAAAGCUUCGUGCUAUAUUAUGGGUUUGUGAGAUUUUGCUGUUUCCUCACUGCGGUUUGCUGAGAAUCAGCAUUUUUCCACUGUAUAGAAUAGUCAGUAUUAUAAAGUAAUGUACAGUUUCGGAACCCUUAGAGUGUUCUUUGUUACUAGAAUGAGGCAGCUCAUUUUAAUGAGCUUUCUUUACAGAGUAGGAAAUUGUAAUGACAAUCGUGCUAAAGGAGUGAAGAAAUAACAUAAUGCUCCAAGACUAUGUUGGUGCCUUCAUUAUAAAAUACUAAUUCAUAAAAGCUUUGAUCUGGAA